AUUGUCAUCACGCCGCUUGUUCUCGGCCAUUUUUAGUAGUGUAAGCUCAGAAACGCAAAACACAGCAUUAAACAGUUUUUUAUUAAAAUUAUAUUCGGACUAUAUCACCACACUGAGACGUGUGUCAGGGAAGUCGUCAUCCCACGGCAUUGUUUUCCCAGGAACCGCAGCCAUGUCAGACUUCAUUGAUAGCGAGGCCGAGGAAUCAGAGGAGGAGUUUGAAGAGAGCGACCUGAAACCUAAGAAGACCCAGAGGUUCUUGGAGGAAGAUGACGAAGAAGAGGAUGUUGAGAACCCAGAGGAGCAGGAUGAGCACGGAAAUUUACGUGGACUAAUUGACGACGAUGAUGAUGAGGAGGGAGAAGGAGAAGAAGAGGCUGAGAAAAGCAACAGUGGUGGAGGAAGUGACUCAGAGGAGGAAGUAAAACACUGGCGGAAAAAGCGGACUUAUGAUGACUGCCUGGAUGACGAUGAUCUUGACUUGAUUGAGGAAAAUCUUGGUGUCAAAGUGAAAAGAAGGAAGAAGAAAUAUGACCGUGUUAAAAUGCUGGACGACGAUGAAGAUGAUGACGAGAAGGACUUGAUCGCGGAUGAGAUUUUUCACGUUGACGGUGAGGGAGAGCUGGAGGACGGCGAAGCCGUCGACGAACCCAUUCAACAAGCAGACGAGGAAGAAGAGGGCGAAGAUGAAGAGUCAGAUAUAGAUGAUUUUAUUGUGGAUGAUGACGGACAGCCCAUCACCAAGAAGAGGGGAAAGAAGUUCUCAGGAUACACAGACGCAGCCCUCCAGGAGGCCCAGGAGAUUUUUGGCGGAGACUUUGACUUUGCUGACUUUGACGCAGACGCCUAUGACCAGGGCGAAGAGGAAGAGGAGGAUCAAGAUGAAGAGGGCUGGGACCGGCCCAAGAAGCAGACCAAGAGGAGGCAGGGGAGGAAGAGCAUCUUUGAGCUGUACGAGCCCAGCGAGCUGGAGAGCAGUCACAUGACCGACCAGGACAACGAGAUCCGCUCCACUGACAUGCCAGAGAGGUUCCAGUUGCGUUCAAUCCCUGUUAAACCUGCUGAGGAUGAUGAGUUGGAGGAAGAAGCAGAGUGGAUCUUCAGACACGGGUUCUCCACUCUGACCAUCUCCAUGCAGGAAAGCACCGACUAUCUUGAUAGAGGAACGACAACAAACUUCAGCAGGAAAGGACCCAGCACCAUUGCCAAAAUCAAAGAGGCCCUGAACUUCAUGAGAAAUCAACAGUUUGAGGUUCCAUUCAUAGCUUUCUACAGAAAGGAAUAUGUAGAGCCAGAGUUGAACAUCAACGACCUGUGGAAGGUGUGGCAGUGGGAUGAAAAGUGGACGCAGCUGAAAACCCGGAAACAGAACCUGACCCGUCUGUUCCAGAAGAUGCAGUCCUUCCAGUUUGAGCAGAUAUCUGCAGACCCAGACAAACCGCUGGCCGACGGCAUCCGUCCUCUGGACACAGCCGACAUGGAGAGGCUGAAGGACGUGCAGACUCUUGAAGAGCUGAGCGAUGUUUACAAUCACUUUUUGCUUUACUACGGCCGAGACAUCCCGAAGAUGCAGAACGCGGCAAAAUCCAAGAAGAAGAAGCUCAAGAAAAUCAAAGAAGUGUCAGAAGAUGGAGAGGAAGAGGAGUAUGAGGUUGAAGAGGAGGAGGAGCAGAAAGGUCCUGACCUGAAGCUGGCGUCUCGUAGGGAUAUGUACAGCAUCUGUCAAAGUGUUGGACUCGACGGCCUGGCUAAAAAGUUCGGAUUGACCCCAGAGCAGUUCGGAGAGAACCUGCGAGACAGUUACCAACGCCACGAGACGGAGCAGUUCCCCGCCGAGCCGCUAGAGCUGGCCAAAGAUUACAUCUGCAGUCAGUUCUCGACUCCCGAGGCGGUGCUGGAAGGGACCCGGUACAUGGUGGCCAUGCAGAUUGCCAGAGAGCCGCUGGUCAGGCACGUCCUCCGUCAGACGUUCCAGGAACGAGCCAAGAUCAACACCAAACCCACAAAGAAAGGCAAAAAGGAGGUAGAUGAAGCUCAUUUUGCAUAUUCCUUUAAGUAUCUGAAGAAUAAACCUGUGAAAGAGCUGAAUGGGGAUCAGUUCCUGAAGAUGUGCCUGGCAGAGGACGAGGGUCUUCUUUCCAUUGAUAUCUGCAUAGAUCUAAUAGGGGUCAAAGGGUAUGCUGGAGAUCAGACCUACUUUGAUGAGAUCAAGCAGUUUUACUACAGGGACGAGUUCAGCCACCAGGUGCAGGAGUGGAACAGGCAGCGAACCCUCGCCAUAGAGAGAGCUCUCAACCAGUUCCUUUACCCCCAGAUGGCCAAGGAGCUCAAGAGCAAACUGAUCGCUGAGGCUAAAGAGAGCAUCGUCAAGUCCUGCUGCCGCCGGUUGUAUAACUGGCUGAAAGUGGCUCCUUACCGGCCCGACCAGCAGGUGGAGGAAGAUGAUGACCUGAUGGAUGAGAACCAUGGGAAAGGCAUCCGUGUGCUGGGUGUGGCCUAUGCCCCCAGCAGAGACACACCAGUUUUCUGUGCUUUGAUCAACGGGGAUGGAGAGGUGGUGGACUUCCUUCGCUUGCCGUACUUCAUGAAGAGGAGGAAUGCCUUCAGGGAGGAUGAGAGAGAGAAAAAGGCUCAUGACGUUGAAAAUCUGAAGAGAUUUCUUUCCAGCAAGAAACCUCAUGUGGUGGCUGUUGCUGGGGAGAAUCGAGAUGCUCAGAUGAUCAUGGAGGACAUCAAGAGGACCAUCAGUGAGCUGGAGCAGGAGUCUUCCCUGCCGGCCGUCGGAGUGGAGCUGGUGGACAAUGAACUGGCCACCCUGUACAUGAACAGCAAGAAGUCAGAGAAUGAUUUCAGGGAUUACCCUCCCUUGCUGCGACAAGCUGUCUCCGUCGCCAGGAAGAUCCAGGAUCCUCUGAUCGAAUACGCUCAGGUCUGCAGCACUGAUGAAGACAUUCUCUGUCUCAAGUUACACCCACUGCAGGAACAUGUGGUGAAGGAGGAGUUGCUUAACGCUCUCUACUGUGAAUUCAUCAACCGGGUCAACGAGGUCGGUGUGGAUGUGAACCGAGCGAUUGCCCAUCCCCACACUCAGAGCCUGGUCCAGUAUGUCUGCGGUCUGGGACCAAGGAAGGGAGCCCACCUCCUCAAGAUCUUAAAGCAGAACAACACUCGUCUGGAGAACAGAACGCAGCUGGUUACGAUGUGCCACAUGGGACCCAAAGUUUUCAUCAACUGCGCUGGUUUCAUCAAGAUCGACACGGCAUCACUCGGCGACAGUACGGACUCCUACAUAGAAGUGCUGGACGGUUCUCGGGUCCACCCUGAGACAUACGAGUGGGCUCGUAAGAUGGCCGUCGAUGCCCUCGAGUACGACGAGUCUGCAGAAGAUGCGAACCCAGCCGGAGCUCUGGAGGAGAUCCUAGAAAACCCAGAACGCCUUAAAGAUCUGGACCUGGACGCCUUCGCUGAGGAGCUGGAGAGACAGGGCUACGGCAACAAGGGAAUCACACUUUAUGACAUCCGAGCAGAGCUGAGCUGCAGGUACAAAGACCUUCGGGUCUCUUACAGAGUUCCCAACACAGAGGAGGUCUUCAAUCUGCUCACCAAGGAAACACCAGAGACCUUUUAUAUCGGUAAGCUAAUAACGAGUGUAGUGACCGGUAUAGCUCACCGGCGGCCUCAGGGAGAGAGCUACGACCAGGCCAUUCGGAACGACGCUACAGGCCUGUGGCAGUGUCCCUUCUGCCAGCAGGACAAUUUCCCUGAGCUGAGUGAGGUGUGGAAUCACUUUGACAGCGGCUCCUGUCCCGGUCAGGCCAUCGGGGUUCGGAGCAGGUUAGACAACGGCGUCCAGGGAUUCAUUCCAACCAAAUUUCUGAGCGACAAAGUGGUGAAACACCCCGAGGAGAGGGUCAAGGUGGGCAUGACGGUUCACUGCAGGAUCAUGAAGAUUGACAUCGAGAAGUUCAGCGUUGACCUCACGUGCCGCACCUCAGAUCUGAUGGACAAGAACAACGAGUGGAAGCUUCCCAAGGACAGCUACUACGACUUUGACAUGGAGGCUGAGGACCAGAAACUGGAUGAAGAGCUCAAAAAGAAACAGCAGCGCACACCAUACAUAAAGCGUGUGAUCGCCCACCCAAACUUCCACAAUAUCAGUUUCAGCCAGGCAGAGAAGAUGAUGGAGACGCUGGACCAGGGAGACCUGAUCAUCAGGCCCAGCAGCAAAGGGGAGAACCAUCUGACCGUCACCUGGAAAGUGGCUGACGGCAUCUACCAGCAUGUGGAUGUGAGGGAAGAAGGCAAAGAAAAUGCUUUCAGCUUGGGCCACACACUCUGGAUCAACACUGAAGAAUUUGAAGACCUAGAUGAAAUUACAGCUCGAUACAUUCAGCCGAUGGCCUCGUUUGCACGAGAUCUGUUGGGACAUAAAUACUUCCAGGAUUGCAACGGAGGAAAUAAGGAAAAAAUGGAGGAAUUAUUGAUCAGGACGAAGCGAGAGAAGCCGACUUUCAUUCCUUACUUUAUUUCAGCCUGCAAAGACCUGCCAGGAAAGUUUAUUUUGGGCUACCAGCCUCGUGGAAAACCUCGGGUUGAAUAUGUGACCAUCACCCCAGAUGGUUUCCGCUACCGUUCCCAGAUCUUUCCCACAGUCAAUGGACUCUUUCGAUGGUUUAAGGACCACUAUCAGGAGCCGGUGCCAGGUAUUACUCCCACCAACAGCAGCAGAACCAGAACCCCUGCAUCUCUAAACGCAACGCCAGCCAAUAUUAACAUUGCAGACUUAACUCGAGCCGUCAACGCCCUCCCACGCAACAUGACUUCCCAGAUGUUCAACGCCAUCGCCGCGGUGACGGGCCAGGGCCAGAACCCCAACGCCACCCCUGCACAGUGGGGCUCCAGCCAGUACGGCUACGGCGGCAGCACAGGAGGAGGGGGAGGCAGCUCCUCUGCUUAUCAUGUGUUUGCUACGCCACAGCAGCCCAUGGCGACACCCAUGAUGACGCCCAGUUACUCCUACACAACGCCGAGCCAGCAGCCCCUCGGCACCCCUCAGUAUCCGGGCUCCACCCCCCAGUCCUCACAUGUACACGCCCACCCACACCUGCCACAUCCCAGCCAUCACGGCGCUCCCAGCAGCCACCACGGCCACGCCUCCAGCACGCCGUCGUCCUCCUCCUCGUCCCGCAGAGGAACGCCGCAGCAGCAGCAACAACAGCCGACGACGCCGCAGCCAAAGCCGAGCAGCAGCGCCUCCUCCUCGGCGGUCGACUGGGGCAAGAUGGCCGAACAGUGGCUGAAGGAGAAAGAAGCAGAGGACAGGAAGAAGACCCAGAGGAUGACGCCGCGGCCUUCGCCCAGCCCCAUGAUCGAGAGCACGCCCAUGUCGCUCGCCGGAGACGCCACGCCCCUGCUGGACGAAAUGGACCGAUAGGACACAGAGGGGGGCGUUGCUGCACCCCCUCACCCCCUCUACUUCAUCCUUUGUACUGCCUCACCUGGAUAACCUUUCACCCUUUAUUCCGUUCAGGUAUUCAUGCAGCAGUCGACAUGGUGUCAACAUUCAUGCCACCUCAUUUCCUGCUGUCAUCUCAUACCAGGUGUUUUAUGUCCUCUCCUUUUGCCAAUCUCCUCUGGCUGCAAAGCGUUUUUGCAUGUCAUGCAGAAAAGUAGUACAAAGAUCUAUAUAAAAAAUAGAAAUACUUGAAGUUUCAGUUACAUUUGGGAAAUGGACCUGCACAGACACUGACAGACAAGCUGUCCUAUCUUUGGUUCUGCUUUCAGUUUGAUCUUUGAGCGGUUUUGGCAGAAGGGAAGCGUCGACAUGUGGAGUUUUGAAAGCAGUUGCCAAAACAACGCUUUGCCAAGCCAAUCAGGAAAUUUAAUAUUUGUACGAAAAUGCGUCAGUAUGAAUAAAGACUUCUCUUUUUCUUUGAACUUUAAGACUCUGCUCGUCACAUCUGUCAAAAUAAACACAAACUUAACUGUACAGACUGAUAGAGAGUUAGCGGAGAGAGGUUUCUAAAGGACAGACAUGGGCUAAUCCUAAUUGUGUUAUUAUCAGCUGACUUUGGGCCCUGGUAGAAAUCCCCUGAUGUGAACAUGAGCAACAUGCCUCUCUGGAAACAGCGGCUCCUCUUAGUUACCUUUUUGUUUUAAAAGUUGUUGAUAUUUUUAUAGGAAACCGAAAUCUUCGACAAAAUCCUAGUUUUGUCAGUAACACAUCUUCAAGUUUAUCCGAACUCGAUGCAUUUUAAAUGUUUCCGGUUUCUCUUUACCUGGAGUUAUGUUUACCACUCUAACUUGUCAUGAGACAGUAUCAGCGAAAUGUUUCACACCUGCAGCUGUGAAUUUACGAUGCUUCAGUGGAUGGUUUAGUUUUUGCAACACUACUGGAAGAAGAUCCGAUCAGACAGAUUCCUGCCUACUCUGUUCGUAUUCCCAACUCUGUAAUAUUCAGAACUGAACGCAAUUAUUUCAUUAGAAUGAAUAUAAUAUUAAAAAAAUACAUUCUGUGAUCGUCUUUUUGGCAUUUCAAGGCCGCUCUGCUUCCCUCUUGACUCGUGUCUGUGUCCCACAGUACAAGCAAGCAGCACUGGUUUGUAAUGGUGUGCUUAAAUCUGCGUUGUGCAACGUAUCAUGGUUUCAUGAGAUGCAUUUUCUUUUAAAAUAAUGUUUUUAAGUAAGCAGACUUGGUUUGAGUUGCCAGGUUACGAUACUGAACCUGAGGGACUGGUUGGUUGGUUGUCAGCAGCAGUUGGUUCUGGUAGAGAAAUGUCGUCUCUGAUUCUGCUGAUGACCUUUUCUACCUGAUAACUCUUUAAUAAAAGUGUUCAUAGUAAA